CACGUCGCUGUUUUGGUUCCUUUUAAAAACACCAUUAUUUUGAAUAUUUGUUAUUUUCUGUUGGAUAAUUCCUGCUCUCUCUGUACUUUCAGCUCUCUCCCAGAGCUUUUGGAGAAAAAGCGACUGAUCGAUCUCCACACAAAUGUGGCCACAGCCGUUCUCGACCACAUCAAGAAUCGUAAACUGGACGUGUAUUUCGAGUACGAGGAGAAGGUGAUGAGCAAAUCCACUCUGGACAAGUCUCUGCUGGACAUCAUCAGUGACCCUGAUGCUGGAACACCAGAAGAUAAGAUGCGUCUGUUCCUCAUCUUCUUCAUCACAGCUCCUCAGCCUCCCACUGAAUCUGACCUGGAGCAGUAUAAGAAGGCCUUGAUGGAUGCGGGUUGUGACCUUUCACCUCUGAACUACAUCAAACAGUGGAAGGCUUUUACCAAAAUGGCCACUCCUGCAAACUACGGCAACAGUGGAGUCAAACCAAUGGGAUUAUUUUCUCGAGUGAUGAACACUGGGUCUCAGUUUGUAAUGGAGGGAGUCAAAAACCUGGUCGUAAAACAACACAAUUUGCCUGUGACUCGGAUCUUGGAUAAUCUGAUGGAGAUGAAAUCACACCCGGAAUCCGAUGACUACAGAUACUUCGACCCAAAGAUGCUCCGCGGCAGUGAGAGCUCCAUCCCACGGAACAAGAACCCCUUUCAAGAGGCGAUUGUGUUUGUGGUGGGAGGAGGAAACUACAUCGAGUAUCAGAACCUGGUGGACUACUCCAAGUCCAAACAGGGCCGGAAGGUGGUGUACGGCUGCAGUGAGCUCUUCAACGCUGCUCAGUUCAUCAAACAGCUCGCUCAGCUCGGACAGAAGUGACAUGCACAGCUCCACGUGCACAGCUCCACGUGAACGCCCCCGACUUCACGUGAAAGCCCCCGACCUCACAUGCACACCCUCCGCCCAUGUGCACGCCCCCGCUGUUUUCUAAUCAUUCUGAUGUAAAUGGACUAAACUUGUCUCUGUCGUCAAUAAACAAAAUUUAACCUGUUUAAA